CGGAAGUUUCCAUUGUGUGUGUUUGGAGACCUCCCGUUUUUAACCAAUUGUACUUUAGUCAGAUUGUUACUUAUACGUGUUUCAUCUGAUUUAACGGUAAUUAAUGGAGAAAUGACAGAGAAAACCAACAGUCAGGCGGCAUGUCAAAAUAGGUAAGGAGCAACAGCCUCUCUUUUUCUCUUGUAACAGCCAAGAGGGAGGGAGGAGUUUAAACAAAGGCCUCUCCACAUAAAAAAAAAUGGAGGCUUGUGCAGGGAAGCCAUGGUGUCCUGCUCUUCACAGUCUACAUGCUGCCAUUCAUACUUCUAAAGCCUUCAAAUAAGACAACUACAACCAGGGUCUACACUUGGAAGCUUCAAAACAGUGUCACACAGGGUUUUGCUGCCCCUGCCUGCACUGAACAAAGAUAAUUACUCAGGAAACAUUUCGGCCAAUCAGAAGCGGCCUUGUAUCCUGCCUGUGAGGAAGGCGACCAGUCAGGAUCUGGCUAACAACACCGGGGCCUGAUCGCCUUGCCUGAAGAACGGAGCCUUCCCCGGCUGAGGGCUGAGAGUGUCCUCCAUGUUUUAUAAGUGUUGACAUAACAGUGUGUCAGGCAGCCAUGCAUCCACAGAGGGUCACAUGGGUGCCCCAGACAACCAGGCUGCCAUACAGGAGGCAGAGUGGACCAUGGCAAAUCCUUUUCCUUUUUUAUAAUGCAAAAGAGAGUUAGAUCUAAAAAUGGCACCCACAUUUCCCUCUCUGUUGUGGCAGUCUGUGUUGUAGCCUGGCAGAGAAAGAAUGGGGGAUGGGCAGUUGAGGGCGAGAAGGGGGGGUAUUAUGUACCCUUUGUAAGUGGAUUGGCUCUGUGCUGUUUUCUUGUGUGUCAUGCCAGGCCGGGGAAAAGACGUGGGGGGCAACAGAUGUGCCUGUUAGGAAGACACCGAGUCAAGAGCAUAUCUGAAUACUGGUUUUUAGUCUUGAUAUUACACAAGAAAAGAAACUGAAAACUGAAUGACUUGGUACACAUAAAGGAAACUGUACUGGGCAUAGUUUCCACUCUCCUUAUGAGCCGGCACGAAACAAACCUUUUUACCAAGGGAGAUCUUCCAGUUGAAUCUAUAAGAAAUAAUAUGUUAGGACUCAGGGUUGUUCUUCUUUAAAGCUACAGGCCCUGCGUUUACAGCCCUGGGCUUCGUCCUCUCUACAACACUAUUGUGAAACUGCUUCCUCCACUCUCUGAUACUCAGAAGGACAGGGGCCAUUUUGUGUUUGGCUCUCCUCUAGUGCUCUCCUCACAGACCAGACAGCAGGGACAGGGGAACAACACAAGACUAAACAGCAGUCUGGCUGAGGAGGAGAUAAAGACAGAGUCUGAUGUGGUAGAGGGGAUGGAUGCAUCCGUACGAUCCAAAGUCCCUGAUCCACCAGGGUCAGCAGAACGGCUCGUGGCACCACAGAAGAGAAAGGUGUCCAGUCCCACACAUUCCUCCAAUGGACACUCUCCCUCGGACACCUCUCCCAGCCCUCUCAAGAAAAAGAAGAAGCCUGGGGCCAUUCACAGUGGCAGCAAAGACCAGUCAGAGCUAAGACAUGGUCCCUUUUACUAUAUGAAGCAGCCAGCACUCACCACAGACCCUGUUGAUGUUGUACCGCAGGACGGCAGGAAUGACUUCUACUGCUGGCUGUGCCACCGCGAGGGCCAGGUGCUCUGCUGUGAGCUCUGCCCCAGGGUGUACCACGCCAAGUGCCUCAAACUACCAGCUGAGCCCGAGGGCGACUGGUUCUGUCCAGAGUGUGAGGUAUCUCGCAGAAGACGUAAAAUAACAGUUGCUGAAUGCAUCGAAACCCAGAGCAAGGCAAUGACAUUGCUCACAAUAGAACAACUCUCCUAUUUGCUCAAAUUCGCACUUCAAAAGAUUAAACAGCCUGGGACUGAACCUUUUCUGAAGCCUGUGUCUCUGGAACAGCACCCGGAUUAUGCAGAGUACAUUUUCCACGCCAUGGACCUGUCAACUUUAGAAAAGAAUAUCAAAAAGAAAAUGUAUGGCUGCACUGAAGCCUUUCUUGCUGACAUGAAAUGGAUUUUACACAACUGCAUAAUCUAUAACGGAGAUGGUGAUUUGAUUCCAGGCAAUCACAAAUUAACAGCAACUGCUAAAGUCAUCAUCAAGAUUUGUGAACAUGAGAUGAAUGAGAUUGAGGUGUGUCCAGAGUGCUACCUGUCUUCAUGCCAAAAAAGAGACAACUGGUUUUGUGAGCCAUGUAGUCCACCCCACCCUCUGGUCUGGGCUAAGCUAAAGGGCUUUCCCUUCUGGCCAGCAAAAGCACUUAGAGAAAAGGACGGGCAGGUAGACGCACGUUUCUUCGGGCAACAUGACAGGGCCUGGGUACCCAUCAACAACUGCUACCUCAUGUCCAAAGAGAUCCCUUUCUCUGUAAAGAAGACAAAGAGCAUUUUCAACAGUGCCAUGCAAGAGAUGGAAGUCUAUGUGGAAAACAUUAGCAAGAAAUUUGGGGUCUUCAACUAUGCACCCUUCCGGACACCCUACACGCCCAACAACCAGCUACAGAUGCUGCUGGACCCCUCCAACCCCAGUGCUGGGACAGUGAAGACAGAGAAACAAGACAAACUCCGCUUCAACUUCGAUAUAACUGCGUCUCCUAAAAUGGUCCUGGGCAAGAGUUCCACACCCAGUGGCAUGAGCCGGAGGGUCUCAAUGACAGACAUGCCUCGGUCUCCCAUGAGCACCAACUCCUCGGUUCACACGGGGUCGGAUGGGGAGCAGGAAAUGGAAAAGCACAGCAGGAAUCCCGGCUUCCACUACAGCACUGGAGAGGAGUCAAUGGACUGUACUGCAUCUCCUAUGUCAGGGAAGAUGGGUCCUGCAGGCAGCGUGGCAGGCAGCCCGAAGCCCUUUAACCCUGGACUAGUGCCCAAGCAGGAGAGGACUGCAGGGACAGGCGGUAUCCUCAAUCUAAACCUGGACCGGGUGAAGGCUGAGAUGGAUCUGAAGGAGCUGAGUGAGACCGUGCAACAACAACAGCAGCAACAUCAGCAACAACAGGGGGGCUCAGCUUCCCUCCCCACCCCAAAGAGGUCCAUCAGAAGCCUGGACAAGACCAUUGAGAGUUGCAAGGCACAGCUCGGUAUAGAUGAGAUCUCUGAAGACGUGUACAAAGGUGUGGAUCACAGCGACUCAGAGGACUCUGAGAAAUCUGACUCAAGUGACAGCGAGUAUCUCAGCGACGAGGAACACAAGCCAAAGAUCUCAGCCCAGGACGACAAGGACAAAGCAGAGAGAAAAAGGCCCAAAUCAAGCGCCGAUGGAGAGAGUAAGGAGGGAGUUACAAGGACAGUGGAUAAAGCCACUCCUGAACCCAUGCUCAAAGACAAGCACGGUAACAACGGCCUAGUGAGGGACCUCCAGGAGAAGCCCAGAACGCCUCAGCCUCUCGCUGACAAACCCAAAGCCCCAGAGGAGGGCAGAGCAGCUGCUGCCACAUCAUCAGCUGAGCAGGACUCUGACUCUGAAAGAGAGCUGGUGAUCGACCUGGGAGACGAACAUGGAGGCCGCGACUCAAAGAGGGCGAGGAGAGAGCCAGGAGCCAAAACUCUCAAAGAGGCCAAUGUCGCCAAGUUGGAAGGUAAACUGUCUUCAUCAGCUGCAGCAUCUGCUCCAUCACGGGAGGCCGCCUCUAACCUAAAAGACUCUUUACAACCGGCCAUCACAGCAGCCCUCAACCUUGUUUCCACUGCAGCUUCUGGUCAGCCCAGUGCUGCCACAGCCUCCAGUGGAUCCACCAGUGCACCCUCUCCUGCAACAUCGCCAGUACCUGCAGCUGUAAAGAAACAGCGCCCUCUACUGCCUAAAGAGGCCGCUCAGGCCGUGCAGAAGGCGGUGGUUUGGAAUCCAACCAAGUUCCAGACGUCCUCUCAGAAGUGGCACAUGCAGAAGGUUCAGAGGCAGCAGCAGCAUGAGGAGCCGGCAGCCGUGCAGUCCCCGGCUCAGAGUCCGGGGCAAACACAAAGCCCACAGCAGCUGCAGAACUCCUCAAGUACCCGCUAUCAGACCCGACAGGCAGCCAAGGGGCAAAAGGACGUACCUCAGAGUACUUCCUCGUCGACAGCUGCCCAGGUCACAGGGAACUCCUCUUCUUUCAGUUCAGGAGACGUGCAGAUCCCGACAGGCUCAGCCGAGGUGGCUGCUGACAUAACCAAAUACACAAACAAAAUGAUGGACUCGAUAAAAGGGACAAUGACUGAAAUCUACAACGAUCUUUCCAAAAGCACAUCAGGAAACACCAUUGCAGAGAUCCGGCGGUUAAGAAUAGAGAUUGAGAAGCUGCAGUGGCUGCAUCAACAAGAGUUGUCUGAGAUGAAACACAAUCUUGAACUGACAAUGGCAGAGAUGAGGCAGAGUCUCGAGCAGGAAAGAGAACGUUUGGUGGCGGAGGUAAAAAAGCAGACAGAGUUGGAAAAGCAGCAAGCGGUGGACGAGACCAAAAAGAAACAGUGGUGCGCUAACUGCAGGAAGGAGGCCAUCUUCUACUGCUGCUGGAACACCAGUUACUGCGAUUACCCCUGCCAGCAAGCACACUGGCCUGAACACAUGAAGUCCUGCACGCAGUCAGGUAGGCAAGCAUGGAUGAUCCAAAAUGGAAGUUUCAGCCACAAACACAAUACGGACGGUGUUAAAACAGUCUUGCCACUGACGCAAGCUGUGGGCCUCAGCUUCUCAGCAGGAACCAGAAGCAGAGUCAAACUCCAUCCCUUCAGUGAAAUCCACAGGCCAAUCUCCUCCUGCCACACAGACCCUGACCCCUGGAGCAGGAUCCAUAUCGGACAAAAGCAACUCUCCCACACUUAUUGACAAGAGCAAGGACAGUGCUGGCGUUACUGUGACCUAACUGCUACACUACAGAUACUCUCGGACACCUUGCAUUAACGCUGUGGGGCUUUUUACGUCCGACAUGUGGCGUCAAACUUGGUGCUGGAAGGCCUCUGUGACAAAUCACUUUGAUGUGUACAUCUGCUUGGUCGACUUUUUUUUAUGUUUGGUUCAUCUCUCAUUCACAGUUUCCAUAAGUCGGUGAUCAGGUGGAUUCACCAUGUGAAAGUAGUCUGUCUUGAGAACUAAAAUGUGAGGUUAUACGUUUUCAUACUGUAGUUAUGUUAUAGCUCUGUUACCACUUUGUUUCAACUCUGAACAAGAUUGUAUCAACCAGCAGAAUAUUUACACUUCUCAAUGCUGCUCUUAGUAUUUCACAGCUGUUGUAUUUCUUUGAAUGGUCUUCAUAUAAUGACAAAAACAGCUAUUGAUAGAUAUUCAUUAAUCAUUGUGCCAUCACAGGUAUUUUGAGUUAUGCAAGUUCCACCUUUGUUUUAAACCAUGUCCGCUUCAUGUCAGCUAAGAUUUUUUGAUUAAUGCAAUGGUAAACAUUAUAUUUACAACUAUGUCCUCUUCACGUCAGCUGGGGCAUUUUUGGCUCAUACCAAUUUUGUAUUGUUGUUCCACAUUGUAUAGAAAACCUACAUAAAAAUAUCUGUGAUUUAUAAAAAAAAAAAAACUAAGACGUGUAAACUGUACAAAGUUUUGUAAGAAAGUACCUGGACAAUAUUUAUAGUGUUAUAUGUUUUUAUAGUAUGUUUAAGGAAAUCACAUUUCUAUGUGUCUAAAAAAAAAAGUUAUUUGAAAAUAAAUUACUUCAUAAUAUGAAUGUCAGCUCUGAGCGAAGCCUCUGUUUAUAACUGAUUAUCCAAAGCUGAUCAGACUGUGUCUAUAAGAAGGUGGAAAGAUAGAAACUGCAUUUGGCUGGAUAUUAUUUCCUGUGAGCAUGUCUGUUUUGGGCUUGUGUUCGUGUUUACAUAUUGUACAUAAAAUAAAUGGACUUGUGAAGAAAAAAUAAAAGUGCUCUGAUCAACCUAA